CCCAGUGCUCCCUGAUCUUAUAGCCAAGGAAAUUGGCAGAAAGGAAGCCAGAUAAGAGUCUGGGUGAAGCCAUAGACCUAGUAUUUAGAUGAUACUUUGAGAGUCCAUAGCACCUCUAAGACAGGAUGCUAGGAAACAGGAAUUUCAGGAGUGGGAAGUACUUGUAGAAGUACUGUGGAGGCUAGAACCCAUGACACUGCCCUCUAGUGGGCAGUUUUAAGUCUAGAAAUAAAUUCAAGCCUAAGACAACUUGACCUUGUCCAUUUUCCCUUUGAGUCUGGGUACUUUGCUUUAUAUUAGACCAGGGGUGGGCUGUGUGGCUAGAGGAAGAGUGUGUAAUUUAGUGAACCAGCAUAGCAUCUCGGUUCACUCUUUUUCUCAGGGUACAGCACAGAAGAGGAAAAAUGACCAUUGUGCAUUCAGAAGGGAAGUUUGAGAAAUCAGGGAUGUUUAGUGAUGUUGCUUUGACUUCUCUCAGGAAGUGUGGAAAUGCUUGAAUUCUAUUCAGAGGGAUUUGUACAGAGAUGUGACGUUUGGAAAACUAGAGUAACUUGGUGCCAGUUGACUUGCCUUCUAGGUGUUUGAAUAAGGAUUUGCCUUCAAAUAGCACAUUAAGGAAUCAGAAUGACUUCAAUGGGAAAUGAGUGUCAGGCUCAAAAACUGUGCACCUAAAACUAAUUCUAGAAGAUAUUUGGGAAUCAAAGACAGAUUAGCAAAGGAAGAAAAUUGGAAGUAAUAUUAUAGGCAAGAAAUGAUAACAUAUGACAAAAUGUCCAUUUUUGGCCCACACACUUAUUUAUCUCAGCAUCCACCGGGUUAUUCUACAGAGAAACCAUAUAAAUGUGAGGAAUGUGGCAAAGCCUUCAGACGAGCCUCACACCUGACUCAGCAUCAGAGUGUCCAUACUGGUGAGAAACCCUAUGAGUGUGAGCAGUGUGGGAAAGCCUUUAGUCGUGAUUCUCAGCUAAGUCUUCAUCAAAGACUUCAUACCGGUGAGAAACCCUAUGCAUGCAAGGAAUGUGGAAAGGCUUUUACUCAAAGCUCCCAGCUUAUUUUACACCAUAGGAUUCAUACUGGUGAAAAGCCCUAUAAGUGUGACGAAUGUGGGAAAACGUUCAUUCGAAGCUCGCAACUCAGCCGACAUCAGAAAGUCCACACUGGUGAGAAACCGUUUGAAUGUAAAGCGUGUGGAAAGGCCUUCCCCCAGAAUUCGCAGCUUACUCUGCACCAGAGACUGCACACUGGAGAGAAGCUGUAUGACUGCAAAGAAUGUAGGAAGGUCUUUACUCAGCUCUCACAGCUUCUUCUCCAUAGAAGAAGUCACACCGGUGAGAAGCCCUACGAAUGUAAAGAGUGUGGGAAGGCUUUCAUUUGUGCUUCACAGCUUUCGCAGCAUCAGAAAAUCCAUAAUGGAGAAAAGCCCUAUGAAUGCAAGGAAUGUGGAAAGGCUUUUAUUCGAGGCUCACUACUUAUGCAGCAUCAAAGAAUUCAUACUGGUGAAAAACCCUACAAAUGUGAUGACUGUGGAAAGGCUUUCAUCCGUGGUUCCCAACUUACUCAACAUCAGAGGAUCCAUACUAAUGAAAAGCCUUAUGAAUGUAAAGAAUGUGGAAAGACCUUUAGUCAUGGCUCACAACUUACUCAACAUCAGAGAAUUCAUACUGGUGAGAAACCCUAUCAGUGUAAGGAGUGUGGGAAGGCCUUUAAUCGUGGAUCACUCCUUACUCGACAUCAGAGGAUUCACACUGGUGAAAAACCCUAUGACUGUAAAGAGUGUGGAAAAAAUUUUAGUCGGGGCUCAGAACUUACUCAGCAUGAGAGAAUCCACACUGGUGAGAAACCCUAUGAGUGUAAGGAGUGCGGCAAGUCUUUUAUUCGCAGCUCACAGCUUACUCAACAUCAAAGAAUCCAUACUGGUGAAAAACCGUAUGAAUGUAAAGAAUGCAGAAUGGCCUUCACUCAGAGCUCACAUCUUUCUCAACAUCAGAGACUUCAUACUGGUGAGAAACCCUAUGUAUGUAGUGAAUGUGGCAAAGCCUUCGCUCGUGGAUUACUACUUAUACAACAUCAGAGAAUUCAUACUGGUGAAAAACCAUAUCGGUGUAGGGAGUGUGGGAAGGCCUUCAUUCGUGGUUCACAGCUCACUCAACAUCAGCGAACUCACACUGGAGAAAAACCUUAUGAAUGUAAGGAAUGUGGGAAGGCCUUUGGUCAUGGCUCUCAACUUACUCUACAUCAGAGAAUCCAUACAGGUGAGAAGCCCUAUGAAUGUAAAGAAUGUAGAAAGGCCUUCACUCAGAGCUCACAUCUUUCUCGGCACCAACGGAUUCAUACCGGUGAGAAACCAUAUCAAUGUAAAGAAUGUGAGAAGGCCUUUACUCGUGGGUCACAAUUAAUGCAACAUCAGAGAAUUCAUAGCAGUGACAAAUCUGUUGACUGUAAAGAAUGUGGAAUAGACUUUAGUCAUCAUUCACAAUUUUUUAUUUGAGUUAACUUAUUCUUUUCCAUUAGCAUAGCUUUUCCUGGUCAUCAGUGAAGAACUCUUACGAAUGUAAAUAUAGGACUCACAAAGUUCAGCAUUUGAAAAUUUAUAUGGGAGACUAGAAAUGCUGAUAUAAUUCACAUAGCAAAGUCUUUUGUUUAUAACUGUACUGCAUUUUAUCAAAUUAUAAUAGUGAUUCUGUUACUGUGUUAUAGAAAGGUCUUUAGCAUAGAAAAAGUCUGUGUCAUCAUUAUUGUGGUCCUAUGAGUUCAUUUCCUUUGUGACUUUUUUUUAUAAGUAACCUUGCUUUGAUUUAAUCAUUUGUAAGGUAUAUCUAAGACUAUUUUUUUCAUCUCAUGUUUAAUUAUGUAAAAGCACUUAGAACAGUGCCUUGAACAGAGCAUAUCAUAAAUGUUAGGUGCUGUUUUCAUUAUUGUGAUUUUAGAGAAUUUACAUGAAAGGAAGGAGCUUAUCAGUGUAGCUAAAUUAAGAAAUCUUUCAUUAAUAUUUGUCCUAGACAAAUUACGUGGGUGGAUGGCAUUAUACACUGUCAUCAACAUGAGAAGGCAUUAACUCAAAUCUCACAUAUUUAUUAUAAAAGGAAAUUUAUAGUAUGAAGAAACCCUUUUGUAUUGGUGUCUUAUUGAGCACCAACCACUGUUACAGAAUUUAGGAGAGAUGUGAUUGGUUUGUCACAAAGCCCCCACACUUAUGUUUCAACUCUUUGACAUCAACUCAAGAAUAUUAUUUAUAAAUGAUGAGCUAAAUACUCAGGACAAAUCUAGGAAAUAAAAAAAAACUUGAAUAUGUAGUUUGUUAACUGAAAGUUAAAAGCUACACCUAUAGAUUACAUUUCAUUUACAAUGAAAAAACAGAUGUGUUUGUAUCAGAGACUGGUGUUCUACUUAAUUUUCAUUUCCCUUUCAGUCACAAAACCCUAGACAAAAAAAAAAAAAAACACCUAUCUCAGUCUCCAUGGCAGGUCAACAAGAUGUAUUUGUAUGAGUAGAAUAUUUAAGAAAUCCUUCCCCUCUGUUUCUUUUCCCGUCUUAACACUCUAGGCAUCUGAGGUGGAGCCCAGAUAGCCUCAUGAGGAUUUUGGAAAUGGUAUCUGGGUGUUAUGGAUGGUGGAGUCUGCAACCCUGCUGAUUUUGUGAACAGUCAGAAGUCUGACUGUUGGAAUUCCAAGAAUUCCAACUCUUCUCUGUCUAUAUAUUUCUUUAUUUUAAAUUAAAGUAACCCUUUUACUUA